UCGGGUCGGGUCGGGUCAUCGCGAUGACCCGGUUCGUCCUCACCCACCCCAGCGGCCCACGCACCAACUCACAAAAACCCUAGCUUUCCGCCCUUCCUCACUUCCAGUUCCAUCACCGCUCGCCAACUCCUGCUGCUCUACUGUUCUGCACCGCCAUGGCGUCGGAGAGGAAGCUGUCCAACCCCAUGAGGGAGAUCAAGGUCCAGAAGCUGGUCCUCAACAUCUCCGUCGGCGAGAGUGGCGAUCGCCUCACGCGCGCCUCCAAGGUCUUGGAGCAGCUCAGCGGCCAAACUCCUGUCUUUUCCAAAGCGAGGUACACUGUGAGGUCGUUCGGGAUCAGGCGUAAUGAGAAGAUUGCUUGCUAUGUCACGGUGAGGGGAGAGAAGGCAAUGCAGCUGCUCGAGAGUGGUUUGAAGGUGAAGGAGUAUGAGCUCUUGAGGAGGAACUUCAGUGACACUGGCUGUUUUGGGUUCGGCAUUCAGGAGCACAUCGAUCUUGGAAUCAAGUAUGACCCUUCAACCGGUAUUUAUGGCAUGGACUUCUAUGUGGUCUUGGAGCGCCCUGGGUACCGUGUUGGUCGCAGGAGGAGAUGCAAAUCUCGUGUAGGAAUUCAGCACAGGGUUACAAAAGAGGAUGCAAUGAAAUGGUUCCAAGUUAAGUAUGAAGGUGUGAUCCUUAACAAGUCUCAAAACAUCACAGGUUAGGGAUACCGUACGUCGAAGGAUUCGCCGAGUUUCUCUUUUUGACAGUUUCUUACCUGGUAAUACUUUUGUAUUGGAAGCUAUAUAUCCUCUGUAGGGUUGUUUGAGAUGGAGUAUAAGAAGAAGUUCUGGUAAUUUAUUGUUUUUGACUGUUAUGUAGACUACCUUUGGGUUUUUUCAUAUUCUUGGCAAACGGUGUGUGUCA